UUUCAAGAUCUAAAAACGUAAAAAUUUUCCAUACUUUCUCUCUGUUAUAUAGAUAUAUAAAGCCAGGAAAAUAAUAUAGCAAUGACGUUUUUUUAAAGUCAAAAUAGGCCUACGAUUGUUUCUCAUUGCAGCCCAUUAAUUGAUUAUUGUAAAACAAUUUCCGUCUUUAAUUGUUAAUUAAACAAUGACAUACGAAAUCCCAUUGGCUUUUUUUCCCCUGUGUCAGUAAUUAUUAACAUGAAAUUUCCUAGUAAUUCCGCUGGAAAGAAGAAGGAAGAUGCUUGUCCAUACGUUACUGACAGAAAAACAAAAUCCGACAGAGCAAACAAAACAACUGCAACACAAACUUCGUCCAUCUGCUAUUGCCGGAAAUGCGGCGGACAAAAUGAAAAUAAAGCAGGAAAGAAGAGAAAACUUUCCCUAGAAGUGGUGAAUUGCAAUCCUCCGUCCAAAAAGCAGAAACUGAUGGGAAAACAUCCGUGUAAAGUACCAAAUAAGAAAAGAAAGUACAAGAAGAAAACAACGGUGGCCCAAAAAAAAAGAAGUUCAGUAAAAAGAACAAACCGAAGAAAGGUAAAGAAUAAAAAUAACUUAAAGAAAUUGCGUAUAACAUCGAACAACAAACGUAACAUCCGCCGGAACCAAGUUAAACCGAAGAAGUCGUUACGUCGGAUGUGCCAGAAACAUUGGGCAAAAUCCAAAAAUUGCAUUCCUCCAAGUUCUUCUCCUUCAAUCUUGCAAAAUCCUUCUUUGCGCAGAGAACUUUGCAGAAAGAUCUUCAAGGCGGUGUUAAUAGCUGCAGUCUGCAUGAUUCUGUAGAAUAAAAAUCUGAAUACCAUUUGAAGAAAGAUACUAAUUUAUCAUUUCGAAAAUUUAUUUUGUGGUUCUCUUCGUACAAAAUCAAUAAAUAAACAUAUAAAAAUAGCUGAAUUUAUUGUUCACAUGGG